CUGACUGUGAGGUGACCUGUUUGUCUGUCUGACAGGUGUCUGUCGCUCGCUGUCUUCGGUUCUUAAUCCUGUCUCACGGUGGACCAGCAGACUGUUUCGCCUCCUGAAGCUGAAGUCGGAUCCGGUUCUUCUCACACCGACCGGCCGGAGGUUGUUCCGGUUCCUCGCCAGGCGGACUCGGCUUACCGGACCUUCUGGACACUGUGAGCCUCCCGGCUGGUUGCUAACCGUCUCCCCGGGCUGUGAGGGACUGUCGGCGGCUCCUGGAUGCCGGAAAGGCCCGGUGGAGUUCAGACUGCGGAGCCCAGGAGCAGGGCUCGGACAGCGUGGAAAUAGAGGUGAUCUUCUUUCUUGUUUCAAGGCUGUUUUCAUCCUGCUUAAUGGUGCACUACUGCCAUCUUCUGCUCCGGAGUGUGGAUUGGACGGUACAUUGUUCAGGACACUUUGACUGCACCCCGGUGUGCCCCUCCCACCAGCUCCUCCCACCCUUACCAUGAACCCUCUGAACCCCAUGAAGGCCGGUUUGGCCAACAACCCACACAGCGAGGGUUCCUACCCCUAUGACCCGCCCAGCUGGCAGCAGCCCACCAAUCAGCCCACAGGAUCCCUCUCCGUGGUAACCACAGUCUGGGGAGUGACCAAUCCCUCGGCCAGCCAGGGUCUGGGUGGAGGUGUCAUGGGACCUGGCGCUAAUCCAGGAGGCGGGCCCAUGAUGUCGGGUCCCGGGGGUCCAGGCCUGGCUGGUGGUCCUGGAGGCUACAUGGGCCAGCAGGGCUACGGUGAGCCCAGUAAAGGCUACCUGAACCAGAGCAUGUACGCGCGCACAAGCGGGGGAUACGCCGGAGGACCGGCCAGCUACACAGGGAGUUACCCUCCAAAUCCUGGAGGUUCCAGAGGUUCUGCCGACUUCACACAGGCUGCAGCUGCCGCUGUCGCUGCCGCUGCUGCCACGGCAACCGCAACUGCCACAGCGACUGUUGCCGCCAUCCAGGAGAAGCAAAACCAGGAAAUGAACUACGGCCAGAUGGGAGGUCCCGCCUACAAUAACCAGUACAUGGGUCACACUGGUUCCCGUGGGCCCCCUGGCAUGGGUACUGGAGGUAUGGGUCCUGGUCAUGUGCCGACCAGGGGACCACCCAAUAUGGGUCCCAUGUAUGGUCCUGGAGGAGGCCCUCAGAGGCUCCCUCAGCACCCGAACUAUGGUCCUGGUCCUCAGCAAGGCCACCUGAGGCCCCCACAGGGCCUCAAACGGCCUUACAACUCAGAGUCUUUCACAGGAAUGUCUCAGCAGUACGGUGUUCCUGUUGGGUCCAGUAUCAGUGUGAUGUCAGGUCCUGCUGGUGCUGCAGGUUCGAUUCCCGGUCCAGGCGGCGGGGUCCACGCGGCGCCCGGCCCGUACUCUGGAUCCAGUGUGCAUUACCACACAGGUCCUGGUGGUCCCGGCCCCACCCCCCAGCGCUCGGGCUCCUCCCCCUCUUACCAGAGCCAUAAAAUGCCCCUCCCUCAGUACCCUCCCUCUGGUCUGCCCACGUCUCAGUUCUACAAGCAGGACCAGUUUAACAGUCAGGGUGCCAGUUUAAGCUCACUGGCAGCAGGUGGCACUGGAGCUGUCUACAGCUCCUUCAACCAGCCUACAGGGCCUGGUCGAGGGUUGCCCGGGUACCCCAGCUCACCAGUUCCUGGUAACCCAACUCCACCCAUCACCCCUGGCAGCUCCAUGGCUCUGCCCUAUAUGUCACCUGGUAACGGUGACGUCAAGCCAACACCCUCCUCCUUCUUGCCUGAGAUCAAACCCAACUUGAGCACCCUGGCCCCGCCCCCUCCCACAGCAGGUAACCCCAGCGACGACCUGCGGCUGACCUUUCCGGUGCGUGACGGUGUUGUCUUGGAGCCCUUCAGGUUGGAGCACAACCUGGCGGUCAGUAAUCACGUCUUCCAGCUCAGAGACUCUGUCUACAAAACCCUCAUCAUGAGGCCAGAUCUUGAGCUCCAGUUUAAGUGUUACCACCAUGAGGAUCGGCAGAUGAACACCAACUGGCCUGCUUCCGUCCAGGUUAGCGUCAACGCGACUCCUCUCACCAUCGAACGAGGUGACAACAAAACCUCCCAUAAACCUUUGUAUCUGAAGCACGUGUGCCAGCCGGGCAGGAACACUAUUCAGAUCACCGUCACCGCCUGCUGCUGUUCUCACCUGUUCGUCCUGCAGCUGGUCCAUCGUCCGUCUGUCCGCUCGGUGCUGCAGGGACUGAUAAAGAAGAGGCUGCUGGCUGCAGAGCACUGUGUCACCAAGAUAAAGAGGAACUUCAGCAGCGGUUCUAUUCCUGGGACCCCCGGGUUAAACGGUGAGGACGGUGUAGAGCAGACAGCCAUCAGAGUCUCGCUGAAAUGUCCCAUCACAUUCCGCCGCAUCCAGCUGCCUGCACGAGGUCACGACUGCCGACACGUCCAGUGUUUUGACCUGGAGUCGUACCUGCAGCUGAACUGUGAGAGAGGAAUGUGGCGGUGUCCCGUGUGCAAUAAAACGGCUCUGCUGGAGGGUCUGGAGGUGGAUCAGUACAUGCUGGGAAUCCUCGUCUACAUCCAGAACUCGGAGUUUGAGGAGAUCACCAUCGACCCGGUGUGCAGCUGGAAGCCGGUUCCCGUGAAGCCCGACAUCCACGUGAAGGAGGAGUGUGACGGGCCGGUGCUGAAACGCUGCCGGACGCUCAGUCCCAGUCACAUGGUCCUCCCCAGUGUCAUGGAGAUGAUCGUCUCACUUGGCCCCACCCCUCCGUCCAGCUCUGGCACCGCCCCUGCCGCGCCCUCCCCCAUGCCGUAUUCCUCCCUCACCACGGGGGGCAGCAAUAAUGGCGGCACACCAGAAUACUCCGGCCCAGCUCCAUCCUAUCCCGGCCAGUCAGCAGCUUUUUCAGACUUCAGUCCUGCAACACCAGAGGCUGGGCGGGAUUUCUCCUCCCCCGGACCGCCACCUCUCUCCUACCAGCCCGACCUUCCCAGCUCCCUCCUCACCCCCGACAAGCCUCCCCCUCAUCCAGUGGCUGCACAGCUGUCUGUCUCCAGCCGUUUGGAUUCCACUUCCCAGGGUGCACCUCUCUCCCAGCAGCAGCAGCCACAGGGUUUCCAUGGUAACUCCCAGCUGGGCAGCAGCAACCAGAUGAUGCAGCGCAGCAACCAGAACUCCCGUCUCCAAGGCGACAGCUCCUUUGGGCUGGGCGGGCCAGCGGACGUUCCAGAACCGUCCCUGGAUUUGCUUCCUGAGUUGACCAACCCAGACGAGUUGCUGUCCUACCUCGGACCUCCAGAUCUCCCGAACAACAACAACGAUGACCUUCUGUCGCUGUUUGAGAACAACUAAGAAAACCAACAACA